AUGAGUUUUAACCCCAGUCCCCUCCCGCUUAUCACCACACAGCCAAACCCACAUCCAUCACGACUCCAAUCCGCCACCAGAACUCAAACCAAGACAGCAACCCCAGAAUUCGCCGAAGAAACCGACCUCCUAAUAAUCGGCUCCGGCGCCGGCGCCCUAACCGCCAACCUCCGCGCGCGAAGCCUCGGCCUGCGCAGCAUACUCAUCGAGAAAGAAGACCUAGUCGGCGGCGCGUCCGCAAUAUCCGGCGGCGGGUUCUGGAUCCCAUGUAACCCCAUCUCCGGAGUCGCGGACUCCAAAGACGCAGCGUUGACGUACUUCGCGCAGGCUGUGGGUGAUGUCGGUCCUGCUUCGUCUCUCGAGAAGCGAGAUGCGUUCGUCAGCAAUGGGGCGCGGAUGGUUGAGUUCCUAAGGCAGCACGGGUUUGAGUUCCAUGUUAGCAAGGGGUAUCCGGAUUAUUAUCCGCGCAUGGAGGGGGCGAUGGGUGGGGGUGGGAGGAGCUUGGAGGCGAGGGUUUUUGAUAUGAGGAGGGUUGGGGUGUGGGAGGGGAGGAUCCGGCCGUCGGGGAUCCCGGUUGCGAUGUAUACGCAUGAUGGACGUGUGUUUUCGCGGGUGUUGUCUUCGGUGGUUGCGUUUGGGUAUGUGGUGAGGAGGAUGCUGCCGCUGUUUGCGAGGAUGGUUGUUGGGCAGAGGCCGGCGAGUAUGGGGAGGGCGUUGGUGGGACAGCUUCUGCAUUUGAAUCUGAAGCAUGAUGGGGAGUUUGAUCUCAGGACGCAGACAGGCUUGUCGAAACUGAUUCAGGACCCUACGGGCAGAGUCGUCGGAGCUGAAGUACGAACUGCUGACGCAUGUACGUCCAUCCGUGCAACAAGGGGCAUCAUCCUCGCAGCCGGGGGCUUCGCACAUAACAAGGAAAUGCGCGAGACAUACUUGCCCAGCCCGGCAACCACAGACUGGACAAGCUCGCCCCCAGGCGACACCGGCGACGCAAUCCAAGAAGGCAUCCGGAUCGGCGCGGCGACAGCGUUGAUGGACGACGCGUGGUGGGGACCAACGAUCAUCGAUCCCGUUACGCUCAAGCCUCACUUUGCAUUGAUGGAGCGCUCUGUUCCUCACUGUUUCAUCGUCGACUCGAGCGGUGCGCGGUUCAUGAACGAGGCAGAGAGCUAUACCGACGCCGGCCACGACCAGUAUACGAGGAACGAAACAGUCAAGGCCAUCCCCGCCUGGCUGAUUCUCGACUCAAACCAUCGCGAGAGGUACAUGCUAGGAAGGCUCCUUCCGAAGAAAAAACCUUCAAAGCAAGCGCUCGGUCAGGGUGUAGUCAUCACAGCUACCUCGCUCGCGGAACUCGCCCGGAAAACCGGCAUCGAUCCAACUGGUCUCGUCGCGACAACAAAGCGGUACAAUGAAAUGUGCAAGACAGGCGUUGACGAGGAUUUCGGCAAAGGCAGCAACGCCUACGACCAGUUCUUCGGCGACCCUGUCGUCGGUCCGAACCCGAAUAUGGGACCGUUGCUCAAGCCGCCGUUCUAUGCUACCGCGGUCUGGCCGGGCGAUCUAGGCACCAAGGGCGGACUGUUGACGGACGAGUUCCAGCGGGUCUUGGACAAGGAUGCAAAUCCUAUCCCUGGUCUGUUUGCCAUUGGCAAUACUGCAGCUAGUAUCAUGGGGCGGACGUAUCUGGGUGCGGGAUCGUCGUUGGGACCGGCGAUGACGCAUGGCUAUAUCGCGGCAGAUUUUAUCAGCAAGGAGCUUGACGCCAAGUAG